AUGGAAUCAAAGAUUACGAGCGCGUCUGCUCCAACAAAGCCUUCUUUUUGCUUGAAAUGGCCAUGGGAUUCAAACAAACAACCGGAUCCCCCAAGCGUCUGCGACUUCCAAGGACCGUGGCUCUUCAGAUCUAUGCAAAGCGUUGGAUCAAUUGCUCUCAGCUCUUUCAAUUCACUCGGCUUCGGUCAAGGGGUCACAGGACCAAAGAAGAAGCCGCUAAGUGGUUACGAGCAAGGAGAAGCAGAGCAGAGGGCUUUUGCAGCUGCGUUAGCCAGCGAGAAAGAUGCAACCGUACUUGAAUUUUACUCGCCCAAAUGCAGUCUCUGCAAUUCGUUGCUCAAUUUUGUCUUGGAGGUAGAGAAAAGGAAUUCGAAUUGGCUCAGUGUAACCAUGGCAGAUGCAGAGAAUGAGAAAUGGUUUCCUGAGCUUCUCCACUAUGACAUAAAGUAUGUUCCUUGCUUUGUUUUGCUGGACAAGAAUGGACAAGCUUUGGCCAAAACAGGAGUUCCAAGUAGCCGUAAACAUGUCAUUGCCGGUAUCUCUCAUCUUCUCAAGAUGAAGCGACCACCACCCUCUGAGUAG